GGCGAGGGUCGAGACGCGCGAGACGAGGAAGGCUGGGCGAGGGCAUCUCCUCAGGAUCCUUUCCUCCAUUUUUGCCCUCCGUCGGCGCUUUUACGGGAGAAUCAUGAGGUCUUGUCACAUUUGAUGAAAGCUUUUGCGGGAGGUGUCUAUGGGGGGAGCACCAGCAAUGGCGUCCUCUCUGCGCACCCGGUCCUUUGUGUUGGGCAUCACAGCUGCCUCCUUUAUGUGGCUGAUCAUCAUUUAUCUGUAUUUAGUGCUGGUGCAGGAACCAGAAUUUUCUCGGCAAAUCUACCAGAGACAGAAAGAGCCCAAAGGACCAGCUCAACAUUCCCAAGCUGGUAAAGAACUUAAAGGCCUGGCAGACAAAAGGCAUAUUAGGGGCCGGAUGUAUGACAAGCCUUUCCAGGAUGCAGCAGACAACAGGUUAGAGAAGGCCAAUAAACACAUAAAUAGCUUGGAUCAGUGGAAGAAGAAGAAAUAUGAGAACAGCAAUGGGAAGGACAUCAGAAGAGGGUUGUUCCCCAAGGACCCCAAGGAGAGAGUGCGAGAGAAGCCCCAAACCAAGGAACAGAGUGAACAGCUGCUGCAAGAGCUUGGUCUUGUCAAAACCAAGGAGGAUCAGGAGGAGAAAGAUAAUGGUUAUCGCCUUCAUGCUUUCAACACACUGAUAUCUUCAAGACUAUCAGUCCAUCGUGCAAUACCAGACACAAGAGAUAAGAGAUGUAAAGACCUCCAGUAUCCCCACAAUCUACCAAAGGCAUCCAUUGUGGUGUGCUUCUACCGAGAGGAUCACUCGGCUCUCUUGCGCACAGUGCAUUCCAUCCUAGACAGGACCCCAGCACAUCUACUGCAUGAAAUAUUGCUCAUUGACGAUACUGAUGAAGAAAGUUACCAUGCUGAGGUUCAGGAUGAGAUGAGCGGCCUAAAUGACAAAAUUCGGGUCCUGAAAACCCCUCAGAGGGAGGGCUUGAUCAGAGCACGUGUCUUUGGAGCUCGACAUGCUGUUGGUGAGAUCAUGGUGUUCCUAGACAGUCAUGUGGAGGUGAACAUAGGCUGGAUAGAACCCCUUUUGUCCAGAGUGACUGAGUAUCGCAACCAUGUUGUGACACCAAUCAUUGAUGUUAUAUCUCCAGACACAUUCCAGUACACAGCCUCACCUCUUGUGCGUGGAGGCUUCAACUGGGGCCUUCACUUCAAGUGGGACACAAUUCCUUCAAGCCACUUCAUGGACAAGAUGAAUUUCAUAAAGCCCAUUAAGUCCCCAACCAUGGCUGGUGGGCUCUUUGCCAUAGAUCGUAACUACUUUAAGGAGAUUGGUGAAUAUGACAUGGGGAUGGAUGUCUGGGGUGGAGAGAAUUUAGAAAUGUCUUUUAGGGUUUGGAUGUGUGGAGGUGAGCUAGAGAUCAUGCCUUGCUCUCGUGUUGGUCACAUUUUCCGUCGACGACGCCCGUAUGGAGGCCCAGGUGGCCAAGAUUCCUUGAUGCGCAACUCACUGAGGGUUGCCCAUGUGUGGCUAGAUGACUACAAGGAGAACUUUUUCAAAGUUCGUCCUGGAGCAGAGAAAAUGGACUAUGGAGAUGUUUCAAGCAGAAAGAAGCUGAGAGAAGACCUUCAGUGUAAAUCCUUUUCAUGGUACCUGAAGAAUGUGUACCCAGAACUUGGGCCUCCAGGAGAGGAGAGCAAAAAUGCCAAAAUGGACAAAGCAGGAGUACGGCCAUACCAGCCAUGGAAUAAACGAGUGAGGAAUUAUACACACAAGUGGCAGAUCCGUUUAACAGGAACGAACUUGUGCAUAGAGUCUGAGGAAGAUGUUUCACGGAAGGGUUCAUUGUUAGUACUGUCCAAGUGUUCAGAUUGGAAUCGUCAGAUAUUUCACCAGACAGACCGAGAUGAGCUUGUUCUUGCACAGCUGCUGUGCCUCGAGGCCUCUGAUAAUAGGCCUAAAAUUGGCAAGUGCCAUGAAAUGGGAGGAGCCCAGGAGUGGAAGAUCUCCAAUCAGAUGGGUGUUGCUCUGUAUAACAUGGCUCUUGGCUUGUGUGUAGCCGCCCAAGACAGUCGCUUGGGAGCACCUGUGUUGAUGGCAAUGUGUUCCACUCCAAAUCUUGCCACUUGGGACCUUGUUGAUUUGCUCUAGAUGUGUAUUGCUUAAAGAUUUGUAUUUUUUCAUUCAUGGAUGUGCUCAAUUGUGAAUGAAUAUGUAGGAAGUGUGUCUAUGGAUGCCUGUGUGUGUGUCUGUGUCAGUUCAUGCAUACAAUUUUCUUCAAGAGAAGAUACAACUCAUGUUCACAAUGUUAGUGUUUAUAUUUGCCUUAGUUUAUGAGCUGUUUUUAUGUAUAUAAAAUGUAUAUACUGGUAUUGAUGAGUAGUGUUUAUUUUUUUAAAUACUAAAAGGAAAAUUUAUUUAUAUCAAUGUGAGAAUUAUCAUGACAAUAUUAUAGGUAAGGAAUAUACUCUCAAUAUGUAACUGACACAAUUGGAGGUGAUAAAGAAUACUCACAUUCUAAACAAAAAAAAAUAUAUAAGUAUGUAUAAUUAUUUAACUUUUUUAUAAGAGACUGAAUUUUUAAUACCUUGGAGUAAAGAAUAUUCUAAAUGGAUACAAAAUUUGAAGAAAAUUACAAUUGAGUGACUCAUGAUGUGAAAUUAUAAACCUAUAUUUUUAUCCCCCCCCCCUUUUUCAGAAUCCAUGGAAUGGCAUUUACAUAGCUUGAUUGUGGCACUGAAAUGAGAGAUCACUGGCUUUAUCUUGUUUAAAUAUUCAGGUGUGUGAGGUAAGCUUUCAGAGUAAAGUUGGAGGAGAGGGUGGCAUUAUGAUUUCCCAUAGGCAUUUUCAAACAAAUACCAAGGAAAAGUGGCAGAAAGUGAAGCAGUUUGGGACUCCAGGCAGCUGAGAGGAAGGGGUCACAAGUGAUUCAGCUCAGUUAUAUGCAGAAUAGGCCUCAUUCCCUCAUCACUAUCUACACUAGCCUCUUCUCCCUCUAUGACUGUAUUGUUUCCUAUCCCUUCUGUUCCUUUUAAGUUUAUUGUUUUGUAAUCCCAUGAUGUUUCCAUGCUUUCCUUCAUCUCAGAGGUUGAUUCAUAGCUAAAGUAUCUAUGAACAACAAUAAUCACUGAACUCCAAUUAUAGUUUCUGGAUUUUCAAGUAGGUUUCCUAUCAUUUCUCUCACUUCCAUUCAAGUUAUUAUUUGUGGUAUAUAUAAGCAGUGAUCACUCAAGUUCAGUUAUUCCCAGUUUACUGUGCAUGUGCAUGUUCAGCCUUGAAUGUCACAAUUCUGAAAUUAAUUUUUGAAAUAGAAAAAAAUUGUGCCAUAGAUAAUAUUAACCCAUUGUCAACAGGGAUAGCCUGUACAUUAACUCCUUGGUGGUUAAGCAAUUGUGGAGCCAGCUGUGUGUAAAUACAUUUCACAAAACAAAACUACAAUGAACAUUACAUGUUCCUGACAGCAGUGGGUUAAUAUAAUUGUGUAAAAUCUCCAUUACCCCACCACUCAAUAGGAAUUAAUAGAUUUCUCUAGGCCAAGCAUAAAUUUUAUGCCUUUAAGCUAUGUAGAAAGCUUAUCAAAUGAAAUAUUUGUCACAAGUAAAUGCUUUAUUUCAGCUGAUUAGCAUCUUUUCAGAUCUUAAAUUUUGUCUUAGGCUGAAAGAAUUACCCAAAGAAUGUAGUAUUUACAUUUGAUUUGGUUUGUAGUUCUUAUAAUCUGACAAUUGCCUUUAGUUCUAAUGAUCUGACAAUUGCCUUUCUUUGCUGAAUGAUAAGAAAGAAAUUUAAAUAUUCAUGAAAUUGAAUAUAUCUUCCAAUGAGUUCUCCAUAUACUGUAAUAUUUUUGUAUUGAAUUACUGUUCUGCUUCAUUUUGAUACAGAAAAAAUAGCUCUGCAGGCCUUGAGUAUGAUUGAUACUAAUACUUAAGUACUUUUUAUAGUCAGAUUUUUUCUGAGAACCAAUAUUAUUAAGCUUGUUAUUUUUCCAAAUAGUACAUAAGGUUGCAUUUGUGGUCUUCUGGUAUGACCAAAAAUGGUACUGAAACCUUCAUAGAUGAAAAAUCUUUAGUCGAAAAGCUGCCACAUAAUUUUAUUCUUUGAGACUGUCAGUCGCUUUACUCUGGAUGAGGACAACUUUUAUUUUAGAUACUGCUUUUAUAUCAAAAGAAAAAAAAAUACUUUAAGAAUAAUUACAAAUUGUAUUGUGUCAGUUUUACUUUAUUUCUCUUUUUCCUAAGUUACCAAAUGGUUAUGGACAAAAAAUAAUAAUUUACAAGUCACAUUCUUUUAUGAAGUAGCAAGUUUCUGGGAAAAGUAAGUUUUUUUAGUUUAAUUUUUUACAAUAUACUUUUUAAACUAAUAUGGUCAACAGUGUGUAUGAGUGAUUGUUUUGAUAACCAGUACAAAUUGCUUUUUCUGUAUUGGUAAUGACUUUUUUUUAAACUUCAAAUAUCUAAGCAUGUGAUAUCUACAUUUAAAAUGUUCCUUUUUACAGUUUAAUAUAUCUCAAUAUACCAAUAAUUGCAUUUACAUAUCUACCAUUACGCAAGUAAGUCACAAUUUCCCUUUACUAAAUAAAUAAAUAUUUCAUAUGAGGUCAUAUAGCAGCAAAAAUAAAUGAGCAUAUAUUCAAAGUUAUGGUUGCCAACUUGUUCAAUACCAAGAACUCUUUAUCUGAAUCAAUAUUCCCAUAUCCCAAGUUUUAAAAGACCUGUCUACUCAACAAGCCAAUUUUAUUAACCCCUAAAGGAUAGUUAGAUAUAAAUUUAGUAACCUGGACCAUGAAUGACAUUUUUGAACAUCCCAUCUCAAAUCGGUUAACCUAUUCGCCCCCUGGGAGUGUAUGAAAACUCUACAUCCCAGUAGUACUUGGAGAAGAGAGUCCAGCAUCAUGGAAUAUUCAUCACUUUAAGUUGUUCACAGUUCCACAAUGGGGCACAUAAGCCAGUUUUGGAAAACAUUUGAAAUCAGUGAUUUUUCCAUAAAUCAAUAGACCAAACUACUUCCACAGGGGUUAACCAAACUAAUUUUCCCAUUCCAUCUCUCAGUUGAGAGAUUGAUGCAAGAGAAUAAAUGGCAGUAUUAGAGUAGAUGAAAUUCUAGCUUAUAUUUAGCACUCAAUAUUAGUAAUUUCACAUUCAAUGCUUUUGCCUCUUGUAAGCUUGAACUUAACUCACAUACCCCCGUACUAUUUUUGCAGAUUCCAAAUGUAAUAUUUUCUACUUAAGUUCACAAAUUAUCUGUAUUUCAUAUGUCCAGUCCUGUUUAUUAUGUUUUACAAUAUAAUUUUCUUUCUCUCUCUCUCUCCUUUUUUUUGUUUUUUAUUCUUUGUAUUAUGUGUCAUUUCACUAAUAAAUUUUGCCAUGUUGUUUC